AUGAAUUCAAUUAAAUAUGUUCAUAUUCUAUUAUUUAUACUUUGUUUAUUCUUUAAAAAUGGAAAUAGUUUUGGAGAAGAUAUAUUAUUUUUAGAUAAAGAAUCAUCAACAGAACCAAAUUAUAUAUUUAUUUUAUUGGAAAGUAAAGAUUCAACUGAAGGAAGUGCUCCUUCUAUUAGAAUAUACUACCAAUCUUUAAACGACAAUACAAAUAAUUACAUAGAAAUGGAUGGAAAUACGAUGAUUGGAGAAUAUUCUGAUUUUUCGGAAAUUUCAAUGAUUUCCAAUGAUUGCACAGUUAGAUUAUAUAGUAGAGAGAAUUCAAUUAUUGAUGGAUCAAUAUGGAGAGUAUUAUUGGAUCUUCAAAUGGAUGGAACUUUUCAAACAAAUGGAAUUGUAUCUGUAGAAAGAUCAAUGUUAGUAGGUGGUGAAUCAACACCUCUUCCCAAAUAUAUAUUUCAACCUGUACAGUUUCAAAAUAGAUAUAAUAAAGAUGAAAUGGAAAUUCAUGGAUUGUCAGUGGUAAACGAUCGAUUAGCCUUAGCAUCCUUGGAUAAUACUGGGUUACGAGAGCUUGGAAUUAGUGAUUACAGCUAUAUUGAAACACCAAUGGAGAUCGAUUUCGAAUCCAUUGAAAGACUACCCGUAGCAAAUGACCCUAUUAACAGGAAAUACGUUGCAUUCAUCACCAGUGGUAUUGAAAAUACAAAGACAUUGGUAACAUUCGAUUUAAACGAUAGAUCAUUAAAUAUGUUUGGUAUUCCUACAGAGAUAUCCAAUUCCAAUAAUCUUCUCGAGAUGAAGACUACUUUAGUAGUUGGAAUUUGUAUAUUCGAUAAAACCGUUUUGUUGGCAAUAAACAACGGUAUCGAUUCAAAUGAAACCAAUAUCGUGGCCAUUGAUACGACAACGCGUCAGGCAGACAAACAAACUCUACCGUAUCGAGUUACCAAUGUUAUACACUCUAGAAAUCCUAGAUAUUGCUCGUUCUACUCCAAUGAAACAGAGACUCUAUCGAUUUACAAUAUCGAGCUUGGCACAAUGAAAGAGACAACUUUGACAUUGGACCAGCAAGAAGGAUAUAACAUUAAACACUUUUAUCUUUCAAACUCUUUCACAUCACCGGCAACUUCAAUACGAUUCAACUACCAACAUUCAACGAUCUAUAUUUUAACCAUAGUCAUUCUAAUAAUAAAUUUAAAGAAUAUAUUAAGUUAA